AUGAAGGAAGCUAUUGUCGAAUACCCCGUCAAGGUCGCUAUCAAGGACAUUGAUAUCCCUACCCCGCAGCCGGGUCAGGUCCUUAUCCGGGUAGUUGUGUCCGGCUCCAACCCCAAGGACUGGAAGGUACCUAAGUGGUACCCAGAGGGAUAUGGCAACACUGGUGAUGAUAUCGCCGGCUAUGUCGAGAGCGUCGGAGAAGGCGUUUUGAACUUCCGCAAGGGCGAUAAAGUGGCCGCUUUUCACGAGAUGAUGAAACCAGGUGGUAGUUAUGCUGAAUACGCCAUUGCCUGGGAGCACACAACCUUCCAUCUCCCGGAGAAGACCAGCUUAGAGGAGGCUGCCACAAUUCCUUUGGCCGCGAUGACAGCCGCCCUGGGAUUAUAUCAGCGACUUGAGCUUCCUUUGCCCUGGAACCCGACUAAGGAAUCCCUGCCGCUGGUGAUUUAUGGUGGUGCCACGGCAGUGGGAGCGUUUGCUUUGAAAUUUGCCAAGCUGUCCAAUAUUCACCCGCUGAUCGUUGUCGCGGGCAAGGGAAUUCCAUUUGUCGAAAGCUUGAUUGACAAGGAGAAGGGUGACACAGUCAUCGAUUAUCGUGAGGGAGACGACGCUGUUCGCGCUCAGAUUAAGGCUGCUGCCAAAGGACAGCCGAUUCGUCAUGCUUAUGAUGCAGUUUCAGAGCAUGGAAGCUAUCAGAACCUGAUGGCUUCCUUGACUGCCCCUGGUAAAUUCACGGUUGUCUUGCCUGCUGCUCUCAGUGAGAAGAUGCCUGAGGGUAUUGAAGCGUGCCAGACUAUGGUUGGCUCAGUCCAUGCCCCGCCGGCCGAGGGUAAGACCGUUGAGGAUAAGGAAUUCGGUGCUGCCUUUUAUCAGUUCAUGGGACGAGGACUGGCACAGGGAUGGUUCUCGGGACACCCGUACGAGGUGCGAAAGGGCGGAUUGAAUGGAUUGGAGGGUGCUUUGAAGGACUUGGAAGCUGGUAAAGCUUCCGCGACCAAAUAUGUUUUCAGAAUUGCCGACACCGAGUCGGUUUAG